AGAAGGCAGUGACCCCCAGGCAAGAGUAGCUCGAACAGGCCAAGACAAUAUGGAGAUAUAUAUCUGUGUGCGUGUUGCAAGUCCUCUUGUGAUUUUCUUUGACCAAGCCUUCCUGAUUUCAAGGUAAAAACUAAUCAAAAUUAAAUCUUAUUUCCCUUUUUGUAAACAACAUAGUCACCCUGGACUUCUACCUCAAGGCAUGGCUGGAAUAAUUCAAUUGCCCCAGAAAAUCCUCAUUUACUGUAUUAACAGCUUAAAUAAAAUCACUGCAGUGAAAGCACAUUCUUUUUUAAGCUCAUGUUGCAACAUUUCUGAGUCAAGAAAAUUUGUUUUGAACUCCCUGCAAGACAAAAAGGAACAAGUAUUGAAAGUAAAUCUACUAUAGACCUUCAAUAGAAAUUGAUUUUACAAAAGUGUUCAAAAACUGACACGCAGUAAAUAUGCUUUCACUGUCUUCUAAAUCAACACAUAGUUUACUACUGUUAGUUCAAAGAGGAAGUGAAAAGAGGAUGUGCAGGUUGAAAAAAAAUACUUAAGUAACAACAUUAGUUUCCUCCCAGCUUUGCUAGUCAGCGCAUGUAAAAAGAUGAGACUGACUCUGCUGGGGUCAAAUUCAGCGAUCUGGCAAAGCAUGAGACUCUCAGCAGCCGUCCUGUGUGCAGCGGCCAUGUUGCUAGGAGGGCAGAUUUGUGCAUCGCUCCCUGGAACCACGGUAGACCUUUCAUCAAGGAACCUCUCCUCUGUCCCAAAAGACCUGCCGCGAACCGCCGUCUCUGUAGACCUUUCCAAAAACCACAUACAUCAGGUUCACAAAGGAGACUUUAAAGGCGUCCCCAUGCUGGGGUUCCUGAACGUUUCAUGGAAUGGUUUGGAGCACAUCGAUGCAGAGACUUUUCGUGACACUCCGGACUUGGAGUAUCUGGAUCUGUCGCACAAUAGGCUGGCGAACCUUUCGGGACAACAGUACCUGGUUAACGUGGGAAACCUCAUGGAGCUAAACUUGGCCUGGAACACGUUUCUUAACAUGACGCUGGGGGAGGAGUUCAGCUUCUUAUUGAAGCUGAAAGGACUGACCCUUGGAGCCAAGAACAUUGGUGUUGGAGACUUCAGGAACAUCGCAGGCCUCAAACUGCAGAGUUUGACCCUUUUCAUGGAGGAUGAGCUUGGAUACGAAGUUGGAAGUCUGAUAAAUGUUAAUGCUAAAAGACUGACCAUAGUUUUUACUGAUCGAACAGUUAACUGUGACCUGAUCAGUGAUGCCCUGUUGGUUUUUGAUGAAGUGGAGAUUAGAAACUUGACUCAAGGCUUUGAUCUUUUAACCACACAGCUUAAAAAGAAACCAGAAUUCCGUACUUCUCAUCUGGCCGUCAACGACAUGGCAAUUGAAUGGAAGAAAUUAACUGAGUUUUUAAAUGUGGCUCUGCAAACUUCUAUUGUCCACAUAAGCUCCACAGAUACAACUAUAAACGAGCCACCUUAUUUUGACACCAAAGUGGUACAGACAGCAAGAACUAAGUCCUUAAAAAUAAGACGAGGAGUUGUCAGCACCUUCUUCUUCUCUCAGGUGGCAAUGUACAACUUUUUUAUCAACCUCCCAGUGCAAUUUAUGGCUAUCCUGGAGACUUCAAUCAUACACAUGACAUGUCCGAAGAAGCAGAGUCCAGUUGUUGAGCUUGACUUCUCCUCUUGCGCCCUGUCCGACUCCCUCUUCUCCAGAAACAAAGGUCAGGAAACCAUUGAAUGUGAGACGCUCAGUAACUUGACAAAACUGUCGUUGGUCGACAACAAUCUGAAAAACAUUCAGCUGCUGAGUAAGCGCGUGCAGCACAUGAUCUCCCUGCAGCACCUUGACCUCAGCCUCAACUCUCUGGUUUACGACGGCUCGCUUUGCUUGUGGCCGCCCAGCCUAACCGUCAUGAACCUGUCCUCCGGAGGCCUGACAGAACGAGUGUUUGAAUGUCUCCCACUAGGACUGGAACAACUGGACCUCCAGAACAACCAGAUCUCGGUGGUACCAACAUCCGUCUUCAAACUGACAAAUCUCUCUACACUCAAUCUUAACUCGAACAGGCUGCGGGACCUGCCGGGGUGUGAUAUCUUCCCCUUGCUGAAUGAGCUUUUGCUCAAGUCGAAUUCUCUUCACGCCCCUUCUGUGAACAAAUUGGCAAGUUGUCCAAAUUUGAAGACCUUGGAUGUCAGCCACAACCCUUUUACCUGCACCUGCGCUCUGAGGGAUUUCAUUAGAGUUGCUAUCAGUACUGAAAAUGCAAGAAGUCCUGUUGAGCUGUUGAAUUGGCCUGUAGACUAUUAUUGCACAUACCCAGAAGAACUUAGAGAUUCCCACUUAAAAGACUUCUGGUUGCCAGAGGUCUCCUGUAAUGCCGGCCUUCUUGCAGCCACCAUUUUGGUCCCUGCAGGGGUGCUGAUAAUCAGCGUUGUGUUUCUGUGCCACCAUCUAGACAUUCCCUGGUACAUGAGUAUGAUCUGGCAGUGGGUGAGGGCCAAACAUCGUGCAAGAACUCGACAAGUUCGGCCUGAAGAUCUCCUGGGGGUUGAGUUCCACGCCUUUGUGUCGUACAGUCAGCAUGAUGUGGACUGGGUGAAAAAUGUUCUUCUUCCUAACCUUGAGGGUUCCACCGGAGGGCUCAGAAUCUGCCAUCACGAAAAAAACUUUGUGCCCGGGAAGACGAUCGUGGAGAACAUCAUGGCAUGUGUGGAAAAAAGCCGCCGCUCGGUAUUCGUUCUCUCUGCUCACUUUGUGAAGAGCGAAUGGUGCCAUUAUGAGCUCUACUUUGCCAGCCAUCAAGGCCUCUCUCUGGGCACAGAUGGCAUUGUGCUGGUGCUGCUCGAGCCUCUGCCUCAAUACCUCAUUCCCAACAAGUACUAUCAACUAAAGGCCAUGAUGCGUCGCCACACCUAUCUGGAGUGGCCCCAGGACAGAGCCAAGCACAGGCUGUUCUGGGCUAACCUCAGAGCUGCCCUGCAAGCUGACCUGCCUAACCUUCCAGUCACAGACUUGGAGGACUAACUGAGUCAGUGUGAAAGGAGGAACUGAAUCUGGACAACUGGGGAAACAGAAGAGACGACCAAAGGAAAUGAGAACUCUUUUUUUGUAUGUUUGCCU